AUGGAAUCUAAAUCUUCAUUCUUCAAAAUCUUAGUAAUUGCCUGCUCAGUAUUUUUGGCCUGUUCGAUGGUUUUAGCCUCGCCAUUGGUUGACAGGGAUUACCAAUGUUCUGAUAUCUGUGUUGGUCAAUGUGAUAACUGCGCGUUUGUUAGUUCGGAUUGUACUGGGCCUCUCUGCAACGUUCUCCUUUACGGUGCUGGUACUUGUGGUUCUACAUGUUUAAUGCACUGUGGUGCUUGCAAUUUUGUAUGUACUGGAUGUACUGGUUCUCCACCUUUAUGUCCCACUUGUAGUCGUACAUGUUAA